AUGAUAUGUCCUAUUUUUUUCCUUUAUAUAAUAAAUGUGUUAUUUACGCAAUAUUUUAUUAAAUGUGAAGGAAAUAAAGUGACUGUGAUAUCACAUAAUAAUGGACAUAACGAUAAUUUAGAUGUUAAUAAAAAUGGUGUGAUAUCUCAGGAAAAUGUAUUUGAUACUUCAGAAAGUUUAAAUUUACCUUCAAAUAAAAAAGUUGGUUCCGAUGAUUUGAAUACUACAACUAUUUCAUUCACUGUACCAGAUAAUCUGGAAAAUGAAGUAAAAGUUGUAUCGUCAUCUGAAUCGGGAAAAGGUGCCACUGUAUCUCAUACGAAAGUGACAUCUGAAGGUUUGUCUGAUACGCAACCAAAUGUAACCCAAUCGGUAUCUUCAUCUACGCAUACACCAGGUUCUCUAGAUUCAACAAUGUCUACAGAACAGCAUAGUAGUGUAUCACAAUCUUCACUUCCAACUGAAUCAUCAUCUGAAACUUUAAAUAAAGCUACUGUUCCUGAAAUUCCUAUUCAAAUAAAUUCUGGACUUUUAAAAAAUUAUAAUGGGGUUAAGGUUACGGGAUCAUGUGGGUCAUAUUUCAGAGUAUACCUUGUUCCUCACAUCUUAAUUUAUGCCUUAACAAAAUACAGCGUAAUACAACUUGAGUCCUUAUUCAAUGAUAACGCAAGGAUUGAUGUUGAGCACAAGGGGGAACUUCAAAAUAAAUGUUCUGAAGGAUAUCAUUUUAAACUAGUUGUUUAUAUAACACAUAAUGUGUUAAACCUCAAAUGGAAAACAUAUAAGCCUAACGAAGAAUCAAAGAGUGAAGAUUCGGAUGUAAGAAAAUACAGAAUCCCAAAAUUGGAACGUCCAUUUACUUCCAUACAAGUUUAUACAGCAAAUAGUAAGGCCGGGGUUAUUGAAACGAAGAAUUAUAAUAUAAGGACCGAUAUUCCUGAUACUUGUGAUGCAAUUGCCACUGACUGUUUUUUGAAUGGUAACGUUAAUAUUGAGAAAUGCUUUCAAUGUACCUUGCUAGUUCAAAAAAAAGAUAAAUCACAUGAAUGUUUUAAGUACGUAUCAAGUGAAAUGAAGAAAAAGAUGAACGAAAUAAAAGUCAAGGCACAAGAUGAUUUCAAUCCGAAUGAAUAUAAAUUAAUAGAAUCUAUUGAUAAUAUAUUGAGUAAAAUAUAUAAAAAAGCAAAUAAACCUUUUGAAAUUAGUAAAGAUUUAAUUAAUUUAGAAGAUUUAGAUUAUCAAUUUAAAAAUGAAUUAUUAGAAUAUUGUAAAUUAUUAAAAAAGGUUGAUACUAGUGGAACAUUAGAAGAAUACGAAUUAGGUAAUGCAGAAGAUAUAUAUAAUAAUUUGACUAGAUUGUUAAAAUCUCAUUCUGACGAAAAUAUUGUAACUUUACAAGGAAAACUUAGAAAUACAGCUAUCUGUAUAAAGAAUGUUGAUGAAUGGAUAUUAAAUAAAAGAGGUCUAACAUUACCUAGUGAAUCACCUAGUGAAUCAUCCAGUAAAUCAGAUAGUUAUCUUAACACUUUUAAUGACAAGGAUAAAAACGAAGAUAAGGAUGAUAUGAGUAAAAAUUCGAAGGAGGAGUUUAAAAAUGAUGACAAAGAAAAUUCUGAUGACCAAAACAAUAAUGAUUCUAAUAAAAAAGAUGAUGAGAAUAAUAUAAAUAAUGGUGAUACUAAUUAUGUUUAUGAUUUUGAUGAUGAUGAUUAUGAUAACAAUAGUUAUGAGAAAGAUAUGUAUGAAAGCCCCAUAAAGGAAAAUAAGAAUGGUGUUAUUGAUUUAGAAAAAUAUGGUAACCAAAUAAAAUUGAAAUCACCUUAUUUUAAAAAUAGUAAAUAUUGUAAUUAUGAAUAUUGUAAUAGAUGGAGAGAUAAAACUAGUUGUAUAUCUCAAAUAGAAGUAGAAGAACAAGGUAAUUGUGGAUUAUGUUGGAUAUUUGCAUCUAAGUUACAUUUCGAAACUAUUAGAUGUAUGAGGGGUUAUGGUCAUUUCAGAAGUUCAGCAUUAUAUGUAGCUAAUUGUUCUAAGAGAAAACCUAUAGAUAGAUGUGAAGAAGGAUCGAAUCCAUUAGAAUUUUUACGAAUAUUAGAUGAAAAGAAAUUUUUACCUUUAGAAUCUAAUUAUCCGUAUUCAUAUACAAGUGCAGGUAAUUCUUGUCCUAAAUUACCAAAUAGUUGGACAAAUUUAUGGGGUGAUACAAAAUUAUUAUUUAAUAAAAAAGUUCAUCGUUAUAUAGGAAAUAAAGGAUUUAUAUCACAUGAAACAUCUUAUUUUAAAAAUAAUAUGGAUUUAUUUAUAGAUAUGGUAAAAAGAGAAGUUCAAAAUAAAGGUUCAGUUAUUAUAUAUAUAAAGACUCAAGAUGUUAUAGGUUAUGAUUUUAAUGGUAAAGGUGUCCAUAGUAUGUGUGGUGAUAGAACACCUGACCAUGCAGCUAAUAUUAUAGGUUAUGGUAAUUAUAUUAAUAAAAAAGGAGAAAAACGAUCUUAUUGGUUAAUUAGAAAUAGUUGGAGUUAUUAUUGGGGAGAUGAAGGAAAUUUUAGAGUAGAUAUGUUAGGUCCUAAGAAUUGUUUGUACAAUUUUAUACAUACUGUUGUAUUUUUUAAACUAGAUUUAGGUACAAUACAUGUACCUAAAAAGAAAUCUUGGAAAAAAAAUGUUUAUUUCUUAAGACAUAAUCCUGAUUUUAUGUAUAGUUUAUAUUAUAAUAAUUAUGAACCAGAAACAUCUCAAGAUUUUGAAAGUGAGAAUGAUUAUGACAAUGCUUUUGUACAUGGACAAAGCAAUGAAUCAGAUGAAACUAAUAAAGAAGGAAAAAAUGUCCACAAUUCUGUGGAGAAAAAAAUACAAAUACUCCAUAUAUUAAAACACAUUAAAGAUUCACAAAUAAAGAGAGGGUUAGUAAAAUAUGAUAAUAUAAAUGAAACAAAAGAUGAACAUACAUGUUCAAGAGUUAAUUCACAGGAUGCAGAAAAAUAUGAAGAAUGUAAAAAAUUCUGUUUAACCAAGUGGAAUGAAUGUAAAGAUCAUUAUUCACCAGGUUAUUGCUUGACAGAUUUAUACAAGGGAGAAGAUUGUAAUUUCUGUUAUGUAUAA